AUGCCGUCCGAGAAGGUUGACGCUGCCAAGGUGGCCGAUGGCGCCUCCAAGGAGCUCCCCAUCCGACCCAAAGAGAAGAAGGAGAAGGCGCCCAAGCCCAACAAGAACGCCGGCCUCGAGCGCCCCGAGCCCGCCGAGUUCAUUCAAUACCGUCUCGAUUUGUUCGACAAGAUCAAGGCCAGACAGGAUGCCGAGAUUGCUGCCCAACCGCGCGAGGAAAUCACCAUUACUAUGCCCAAUGGCAACGAGACCAAAGGAACCUCGUGGGAGACCACCCCGCUGGCCAUUGCCAAGGGCAUCUCCAAGAGCCUCGUCGAGCGCACCGUCAUUGCGCAAGUCGACGGCGAGCUGUGGGAUCUCACCCGCCCGCUAGAGAAGAGCUGCAAGCUCGAGCUCCUCGAUUUCGAACACACCGAGGGCAAAAAGGUCUUCUGGCACUCGUCUGCCCACGUCCUCGGCGAGGCCUGCGAGCGCCGCUUCGGCUGCUUCCUCUGCAACGGCCCGCCGACCGAGAACCCUCCCGGUUUCUACUACGACAUGGCCAACAUGGAAGGACAGGUCGUCAGCGACGAUGACAAGAAGGCACUGGAGACCCUCUCGUCGUCCAUAAUCAAGGAGAAGCAGCCGUUUGAGCGUCUGGAGAUGACCAAGGACGAGCUGCUGGAGAUGUUCAAGUACAGCAAGUACAAGGAAUACUUUAUCCAGCAGCGCGUGCCCGAUGGCACCAAGUCCACCGUCUACCGCUGCGGUCCCCUUAUUGACUUGUGCCGCGGUCCUCACGUGCCCAACACUGGCAACAUCAAGGCCUUUGCCGUCCUCCGAAGCUCCGCCGCCUACUGGCUGGGCGACUCCAAGAACGAGUCGGUGCAGCGCAUCGCUGGCGUUUCCUUCCCCGAUAAGAAGGCCCUUGAGGAGCACAAAACGUUCCUGGCCGAGGCGGCCAAGCGCAACCACCGCAAGAUCGGCACGGACCAGAAGCUCUUCUUCUUCGACGAGGUGUCGCCCGGGUCGACCUUUUUCCUGCCGCACGGCGCGCGCAUCUACAACACGCUCAUGGACGUCAUCAAAGCCGAGUACCGCAAGCGCGAGUUCCAGGAGGUCAUGACUCCCAACGUGUACAAGUCGGAGCUAUGGAAGACGUCAGGUCACUGGGGCCAUUACGCCGAGAACAUGUUCACGUUUGAGGUCGAGAAGGAGCAGUACGGUAUGAAGCCGAUGAACUGCCCCGGUCACUGCAAGAUCUUUGGCCACGCCGACGUCAACUACCGCGACCUGCCGUGGCGCAUGGCCGACUUUGGCGUCCUCCACCGCAACGAGUUCUCGGGUGCGCUGUCGGGCCUCACUCGCGUGCGCCGCUUCCAGCAGGACGACGCGCACAUCUUCUGCACCGUCGCGCAGAUCCGCGAUGAGAUUGUCGGCUGCUUCGACUUCCUCGACUCCAUCUACAGCCUCUUUGGCUUCGAGUACCGCCUCAAGCUGUCCACGCGCCCGGAAAAGUACAUUGGCGACAUCGCCGUCUGGGACAUGGCCGAGGCUAAGCUCACCGAGGCGCUCGAUGCCUUCACCUCCAAGGUCGGCAGCAAGUGGGAGAUCAACCCGGGCGAUGGUGCCUUCUACGGACCCAAGAUCGACAUCACCGUCUACGACGCGCUCCGCCGCGAGUUCCAGUGCGGCACCAUCCAGCUCGACUUCAAUCUGCCGAAACGCUUCAAGCUGCGCUACGUCGCCGCUAAGGACGAGGACGCGCCGGGCGGCGGCGAGGACGAGCUGGACCUGCCCGCCGGCUACGCCCGGCCCGUCAUGGUGCACCGUGCCAUCCUCGGCUCCGUCGAGCGCAUGUUCGCCAUUCUCACCGAGCACUUUGGCGGCAAGUGGCCCUUCUGGCUCUCCCCCCGCCAGGUCCUCGUCGUCCCCAUCAUGCCCGCCGUCAACGACUACGCCGUCGAGGUGCAGUCCAUCUUCAAGGCCAAGGGCCUGUACGUGGACGUCGACCUCAGCGGAAACACGUUCCAGAAGAAGAUCCGAACCGGCCAGCUGGAGCAGUAUAACUUUAUUUUCGUCGUCGGCGCCGAAGAGGAAAAAUCGCGCACAGUCAACAUCCGUAACCGCGACGAUCAGGCCACGCAGAGCAAGGGCGAGCUGGUCCCCUUGCAGGACGCGCUGGAUCAGAUGAUCAAGCUCAAGGAGGAGAGGCGACGCGUCAACAAGUUGUAA